AUGGGCUCAACUCAUCCUACUGUCCUCCUCUUUGGGGACGUCACGGAGGCAUGGGUUGAUGGCAUGGAUUAUGUCUGUGGCCAGGCUAUCACAACGCCAUGGCUUCAGUCCUUUUUGGGAGACCUGUUCUCUGCCUUCACGGUCGAAGUGAGAGGCAUGGAACGCUUCUUGCGAGAAAGCUUCGGAGUUUGUUCCAGUUUCCAAGAGCUCGCUCAGAAAUAUCGCGACUCGGGUGACCAGGUCGGCAUGGUCCACGCCAUGCUUCUAUAUGCCGUGAGAGCGGCACUGCUUUUAGAGACCGCGAACCGUGAACCACUAUUACUCAACCCAGGCGACGGCAGGCCAGAAACACACCUGAUCGGUAUCUCUGGCGGUCUGUGGAACGCUGUUGCUGUACCAACUUCAGCCAACUUCAGCACCUUAUACGAUACAUGUAUCGAGGCCGGUCGGGUGUACGCGCGACUGUGCAACCUCACUUUGGUACGAUCAAGAGCUAUGGAGGACCGCCCUGGCGUAUGGGGUUGGGCUGUCGUCGGCGUCGCAGCAGAUGAGCUGGAGAGGACACUAGAGCAGUUCCAGCAUGCUAUGGGCGUUCCUUCUUCCAAAAGAGUCAAGAUUGCCAUUACAGGAGACCGAUGGAGCACCAUAAUAGGGCCGCCUUCGGUCUUGGAGCUCGUCUUCAGCCAGUGCUCUGAGCUGAAAAGAGUCCCAAAGAACGAGCUCACUGGCAUCCGUGCCAUGCAGCACACCCUCGACGUCACUGAAGCUGAUAUCGAUUAUGUCGUGGGCAACUCCACACUCUUGUCCACGCCCCUUCGGCCUGGAUACAAAUUGUGGGCCUUGGCUGGGGAUGAUGCCAAAGCCACCUACUCAAAUUGGGGACACCUUCUGAGGGUGGCGGCAUUGCAGACCUUAUCACAGAGAUUGCACCUCGUACAGACCAUUGGCAAGCUCAGCGCCCACCUCGGAACGUCACAGCAUAUCGACGUGAAGAUGAUGGGCCCCAGCGGCCACGCGCCUUACCUUGUUAAUAUUCUUAAAGCUGGCCUGGGGGCGUUGACAAGGCACGUGUCAGUUGACGAUGACCUGGCUGCCCAUGCUCAAGCCCAGAUACCAUCGAGCGACAACAUCCGAGAGGGUGCUAUCGCCGUCGUGGGAAUGUCGGGGAAAGGGCCUGGCAGUGAGGAUAUCGAUGAGUUUUGGAACGUCGUCGCGACCGGUCAAGACUGUCACGAAGAGAUUCCCGCCGAUCGCUUCGACCUCAACGAAUACUACUGCGUCAAGCAUGGUCCUGGUGGUCCAGGCAAAUGCACCAUGACUUGCCGGCACGGAUGCUUCAUCAAGAACCCGGGCCACUUCGACGCCAAAUUCUUCCAUAUUUCGCCACGCGAGGCCCUGCUGAUGGAUCCAAAUCACCGCCUGUUUCUGAUGAAUGCGUAUGAAGCUCUCGAGACAGCUGGGUAUUCGGCUGGCCAAACCAAAAAGACAGACCCAGAUAAGAUGGCAGUUUUCUUUGCCCAGAGUGCCGACGACUGGCACAAAGUCAGCCACCACGCGCUUGGGUGCGAUGCGUACACGAUGCAAUGCAUCCAGCGCGCCUUUGGCCCGGGCCGGUUAGCCUUCCAGAUGAAGUGGGAGGGGCCGACCUACGCGCUGGACUCUGCAUGCGCGGGAGCAACCUCGUGUAUACAUCUCGCCUGCAUGAGCCUGCUCUCGCGGGACGUUGAUAUGGCCGUUGCUGGUGCCACAAACGUGCUGUCAGACCCACACUCCUUCACUAUCCUCAGCAAAGCGGGCGUUUUGUCCGAGACAGGUAACUGCAAGACAUACCGCGACGAUGCUGACGGCUACUGCCGAGCUGACUUCAGCGGUGCCGUUGUUCUCAAGCGGCUCGAAGACGCGAUCGCCCAUAACGACAACAUCCUGGCGGUCAUCGCAUCGUCGGCCAGGAACCACUCUGGCAACUCGACAUCCAUCACCACGUCGGAUGCGAAUGCUCAAGAGCGACUGUUCAACAAGGUGCUUCGGAACGCGAGGAUGGCCCCUAAUGAUAUUUCGUAUGUUGAGAUGCACGGAACAGGAACCCAAGUCGGUGACAAGGCAGAAAUGGGUGCAGUUUCCAAAGUCUUUUCGCCUAGGCCAAAUGGCGAACCUCUGCCAGUGGGAGCCAUCAAGGCCAACAUCGGCCAUAGUGAAGCAGCUGCUGGAAUGUCCUCGGUGCUCAAGAGCGUUCUUAUGCUUCAAAAGGACAUUCUCCCGCCUCAAGCGGGCAUGCCGCAUAGCAUGAACCCUAACGUUCAGAAGUUUCUGCAGGAAGACAGCAGCAUUGUGAUCCCCACGGAGCCAACUGAGUUUAAAGCGGUGGCUGACAAGCCAAAACGCAUUCUGGUCAACAAUUUCGACGCCGCGGCAACUAGGACGCCGUCGUCGCACCUUGCCAACAUGCGUCGACUUGCCGGGUGGAUGCGAGCCAACCCUGAAGCUCGGAUCCAAGAUAUCGCCUACUCGACUACAGCCAGGAGGGUACACCACCCCAUCAGGUUCGCGCUUGCAACAUCCACGCCGCAGGAAGCCCUGACCAAGCUCGAGGCCGAGAUCGAGCGCGCCAGCUCCGCCAAAUCCACGCCCGCCAAUGUAGUCUUCGUCUUCACUGGUCAGGGUUCCCACUAUGCUGGUAUGGGCGCGGAACUGUACAGGACGAGCCCCGUCUUCCGUAAGACUGUCGACCUGUGCGUUGCGCUGUGUGCCAGCAAUAAGUUCCCGCCUUUCCUGGACAUCAUCACCGAUAGCGACGUCGACGUAUCAGCUAAGGACGCUGCGCAGAUCCAGCUCGCCGUCGUCACGCUCGAAAUGGCACUGACUGCUUUCUGGCGAUCUGCUGGUAUCGUACCUGCAAUGGUCAUGGGCCACAGUCUGGGAGAAUAUGCCGCUCUGCACGCUGCGGGCGUCCUUUCGCUGACAGAUACCUUGUACCUUGUCGGCCAACGGGCCAAGCUGCUCUUGGAGCGAUGUGAGCCCGACUCCUGCGCCAUGCUCUCAGUUUCUGCUCCGGUUGCAACCGUAGAAGGCCACCUCGCCAAGCUCGGAGACUCUUCCUGUGGCAUCGCUUGCAUCAACAGCCCGAGCGCCACCGUCAUCAGCGGAACGACUGAAGAUCUGGCACAGCUUCAGGGAAACAUAACAUCCCAGGACGCAAAGACGCGCACCAAAAUGCUUGCUGUGCCGUUCGCAUUCCAUUCGUUCCAGAUGGAUUCCAUACUGCACGACUACAAGGCCCUGGCAAGCGGCGUAACCUAUUUGCCGCCCAAGGUGCCCGUGGCGUCAACACUGCUCGCAUCUCUGGUCGAGGGACCCGGCGUCUUCGGCGAAGACUAUCUCGUGCAGCAAACGCGCCAGGCUGUGGACUUCUGUGGAGCCCUCAACGUUGUCAAGUCGGCGCUGAAGGACCCGGUCUGGCUCGAGAUCGGCCCAGGGCCGGUAUGCACCUCGUUUGUGCGAGCCACCCUCUCGCCUCCACCAGCCAAGAUCAACCACACCAUCGAUGCAAACACUAGCAACUGGGCAUCCAUUUCCAAGAGCCUCGCUGCCGCUUAUACAAGCGGCGCUGACGUCGAUUGGCUCGCCCUGCAUGCUCCGUACGAGAGCAACCUCGAGUUGCUGUCGCUGCCGACCUAUGCAUGGGAUGUCAAGGACUACUGGAUAACCCAUACAGACAAGAACAGCGCGCUGGUUCCUGCCGGCAGCCAGGCUGCAGUCCCAUCCGAGCCCUUCCUGGCCACGACCGCGCAGUAUCUAGUCGAGAAGAGCCUCGCCCCCAAGGUUCAGGUUACUUUCCGAGCCGGCAUUUCGGACCACGGGUUCCUGGGCCUCAUUGACGGCCACAAGAUGCAGCAGAUAGGACUUGCUUCGGGCAGUGUGUUCAGUGAUGCUGCCGCAACAGUUGCCAAGUAUGCGCUCGAAUACAGUGGCAGGAAGGACGUGACAGCAGCCCAUCUCACAUUCCAUGAUCCAGAGCUUCUAGCUCCACUGACCAGAGAUCUCGUCGGCGUCGAUGGCGAGCUGCUCUCCACAGCCACCAUGGACAGCGCGUCUGCCGACAAUGUUUUGAUUACAUUCAAGGCCACUUCAAAGCGCGGCGAGUCCCACGAUCUCGGGUCGAUGAAAAUCAAGUACCGCAACCCUGAGAGGGCCAAAGCCGACCUGGACCGCGUAUCAUUCUUCAUCAAGGCCAAGAUGGAAGACCGCAUCCGGCUUUCAAAGGAGGGUUCGGGCCACCGGAUCCAGCCCGACGUCUUCUUCGCGCUCUUCGCCAACGCAGUCGAGUUCUCGCCCGACUUCCGCGGCGUCCAGGAGGCGUACAUAUCCAGCGACUUCCAGGAGGCCGCUGCGACGAUCGUGCUUAAGCCAGACCCGAUGGGCACGCGCUUCACUUCAUCGCCAUACUGGGGCGAGGCCCUGCUGCACCUUGCAGGCUUCAUGGUCAACGGCAACCCUGCCAAGCCGGCCCAGUCGACUUUUGUCGUCAUGGGCUACGAGAGCGUCGAGCAGCUGGCCCCUGUUGAGCCUGGCAGGCAGUACCUGACCUACACGCGCAUCUCGCGGUGGGAGAAGGAUACGGCCUUCUGCGCUGGUUAUGUCUUUGACCCGUUGACUUCCAAGAUCGUCAUGCAGGCUGUUGACCUGCGCUACCAGGAGUUCAAGACGGCCACCUGGCGCCAUAUUCUCGACGGACCACAUGCCGGACCCCAGCAUGGAGCAGCAGCUCCGCGAGCUCAAGCCCACCAGCCGGCUGUCAAAGAAGCCAAGGUCCAACAUGAGGAGCUACCUGCUGCGUUGGCCGCGACGACUGCGGAAAAGCAGUCGAGCACUGCGCAGGAUAAUGGAGAAUUCCAGAUCAUUGUGGACAGUCUCGCUACAGCGACCGGAAGUGACCCUUCCGAGUUCACAGAUGACACAUUGAUAGCAGACAUCGGCGUCGAUUCGAUCAUGGCCAUCGAAGUGGUUGCUGCUGUCAAGGAGUUGGGCGUCGAUCUUCCCGCCGCGUUUGUUUUCGACUACCCCACAAUCGGCGACCUCCGCCGCGAGUUUGGCGGACAGGGCGCCCAGGCCCCGGAGAACGACUUCAGUGACACCUCUUCUAGUGAGGAUGAAGAUGAAAACGCACUGUCUCCCACUCCAGAUGCAGACGAAGACUUUUCACCCAUCUCGGUGCCGGAGUCGGUCACUUCCUCGGCCUCAAGUGUGGUCCACGUCGAAAAGGAGCCUCCCACCCCAGCGCCUGAGACGGACGGUGACGAUGGUGACGAUGAGAACGACACGUCGCCGCAACCCAGCGUCAGGAUCACCCUGCUACAAGGCCGCCCGAAUGCCGCCAAGACACCAUUGUAUAUGAUGUCAGAUGGCACAGGUACCGUGGCGUCCUUUAUUAACUUCCGGCCCUUCAAGUCAAAGCAAGCUGUCUACGGCAUCGACUCGCCGUUCUUCCGAUGCCCAUCCCGUAUGACGAGCAAGGUAGGCAUCGUCGGCGUAGCCAAGCUAGUCGUCGAUGCACUGAUCAAGGCGCAUCCAACGGGGCCCUUCAUGAUCGGCGGGUACUCGGCAGGCUGCCUCGUGGCCUUCGAAGUCUCACGACAACUAGCCGUCGCAGGCCGCAGCGUUGACGGCCUCCUGUUAGUGGACAUGUGCUGCCCGCGGACGCGGCGGGCGGACCAGCGCACGCUGCUGGCCGAGGAUGAGUUUAGCUACGCGGUGUUCGAGGCGGCAGUGGCGCGCGACGGGCUGUGGACCUCGCUAGGGUCGCAGCGCGACCACUUUCGCGCCUUCUUCGUCGCCAUGAACGAGUAUACCCCGGUGCCCAUGACGCCUGCUGAGAGACCGGCCCGCACGGCUGUCAUUUGGGCUGAGCGCGGGCUCGUCAACCGCGUGUCUGACGACCCGGCGCUCAUGGAGAAGCUGGAUGGCCAGGGCGUCCCUACCAAGCCGUACGCGGGCUUCAUGGAGGAUCCUAAGCUCGGCACGUUCGCGUGUCUUGUUCCCGACAAGGGUCAGAACCUGGGCCCCAACGGCUGGGAGAAGUAUACUGGCGGGGAUGUCAUGGCUCUGUCUGUGGCCGGGGAUCAUUUUGAGCUGCCGAUGCCUGGCCAUGUCCAUCUGCUCCAGGCGCAGAUGGAGAAGGCCUUUGCGUAUUUUACCCCGAACUAG